GUUUAGUUAAUUGUUCUGGUACAAAGUGCUUCUCCGAUAAAUGACGAUGGAUCACGAAGUUGUUGAGGAGGGCUGUAGAAACUGCAGCGCUCUACGAAAUGAGAUGGAAAAGAGAAACAUACAAAUGGAAAACAACAAUGCACAACAAUUAGCUGGUUUCCUAACUCUCAAACAGAAAAUUAUUGGAACUGAUAAACUCAUUCGAGAAUACCAGGCCUCCAAAGUGGAACGGGAUAUACUCACUAGGAAAAAUGAAGAGUUUGUUCACCUAAUAGAUCAGCUUCAUCGUGAUUUGAGUAUUCGGAAUCAGGAGUAUACACAGCUUUGUGCCAAUGCCGAGCUUUUAAAAAAGGCAAAUUCUGAAUAUGAAGUCAAAGUUAAACAAUUGUGUGAUGAAGCUCAAAAGUGGAAGUUUCAAGCAGAAGCAGGGCAAAAUUUUACUUCCCAGCUUGUUGAAAAAGUUAAAAUUCUGGAGAAGUAUGAAACGGAGGCAAAACAUAGUGCCACAGUAUCCAGAGAUCAUGAAAAAAUAGAAAACAAACUGCAAGUCUUAAAAGGUCAGCUAAAAGACGCUAGAGAAACGGCCACCAAAUCCAAAAAGGAAUUCACAAAAAUCCAAAAGGACUACACACAGCUUAUGAAAUAUGCAAAAGAAUGGGGCAGGCUUGCAGAAUCCCAAGGGAAACUUAGCGCUUUACAAAAACGAUUUUUCAUAAAAUUGUGUAACAAAGAGUAUCAAGAGACCGGUGAAGUUGUGGAUCCAGAUAUUAUGGAAGCAAAUGAAAUUGAUGAACAAUCAAAGUUACUCGAACAUUUAUUGGACGAUGGGAAUGGAUCCGAAUCUGUGACAACGCCAAUAGAUACUCUCCGGAAUGACAUGGCGAUGUCGGAAGAACACUUAUCGUCCCGUUUAAUAGAAAGAUCGAAAUCUCCUGGUAAGUCCCUUUUCAUCAAACAAACUGAGCAAACUCCUGUCAGAGCUCAAAGAAGGCGCGGUCAUGAUAGUGGAACAUCUUCGAAGAAAUCAUCACCGAAUAAAACCUCGCCGGAGACUCGAACGACACGCGCACGUACAAGAACAGUUUCUCAAAAUUCCGUUUCACAGAGCUCGGAUGCAGACAAUGCGUUAGAAUCAGAAAAAGAAAACAGCAAAAGCUCUGGGCCCCGCACUCGUUCAAGAUCUGUAAAGAUAACGCAGUUACCAGGUCCGAAAAGUCCCGAAGAUUUCGUCACGCCGAAUCCUAAAGCUAUUACCCAGUCAAAUUUACCGGAAUCGGUUGAUGACAUACCAUGCCGAUCCCUUGUGUCGAUGGAAACCGUGUUGAUGACGGAGCCAACCGUUGGGCAAGGCCCUUUCAGGAAGAAAAAUUUACAUGGAUCUUUAAGCUCUUCGGAAUCAGAUUCAGAGCUUCCCGAUGCUUUAAAACUAUUUGAAGAUAACCGAACGAUUACCAAAACAUCGACAACACCAACUACGGAAUCCAUCGCGGGAGUCAAACCGCUAAUCAGUUUAUUUGAACCAGACAUUUCUGAUGACAGAUCAAAAGAGAAAAAUGGUAAACUAGCAGGGGAUCAGUAUGUGGCAAAAGAACAGUCGGAAUUUCAAACGUCAGCCAACCCUUCUUCCUUGUUCGAUUUUGAUAGCUCUUCAGAUUCCGAUCUCGAUAUGAUUCCUGUACCUACAUGUAAAUUGUCAACCGUGAACAAAAGUGAUGAUAGAAAUACGCUACUGAAUACCAUCCCAUCGUCAACAACAGCAUCCUUGGACAUCGGCGAAAAAACUAUUAGCGACCCCGUCGAAAAGUCUGUAAUGAGAGAAUUGCCAUGCAGCCCUACUUCAGGAACGGGAACAUGGAAUGAAAGUAAUGCAUCUAGAAACAUCUUCGAAUUAGAAAACAAUAUUGACAUUAAUGCGCCAACACAAAAUUCAAAUGCGACACAGUCCCUUCAGCAGAAAAUGUCUGAACAACUAGAAGAAACUGUGAAUUCAGAUAGUAUUUUCGCGUUGGAUACAGAUCUUAAUGCUAGUUCAUCCAAUCCAGAUUCUGAUGUGAAGAAGUCUAACGAAGAAAUCCAAUCCAAAUCCUUGAAUGUGGAAGUUGCUGUUCAGGCACCAGUCCUUUUGGAUGAAGAUCUUAGUACUGCAACCCUAGGAAAUGUAAAUGUUCAAUACUCAAAAAGCCAACGUAUUGAAGAAACGAUAUCCGAAUUAUCGAAUACGGAGACUGUCCUUGUGGCGUCCCCUUCUUUGGACCCUGUACAUAGCAAUUUCGUUCCAGAAAGUGUAAAAGGUCCAGAGACAAACGCUGGUCAGAGUGGUACCCCUGUUUCAAGCGUUGGAGUAGAUAAAGAGCUUCAAAAUGAAGUAUCAGCUGAGAGGAGCAACGGGAAAUCAAGAAUCCUACCAUUUUGCAGUGGCGAUAACUUGGAAGAAUCUUCAAAUACGAGCAUGAAUGGGAUUACUGCAAAGCAUAGAGAACAAAUCAAAGAACAGAUCAAUGUAUUGACGGAAAACGAAAAAAAUCCCAUAACUAUAGGAUCCCCAAAGAAUCUUGAAACGGGAACCGACGAAGGAGACACCAAAGUGGAGAACGGCAUUUUAGUAUUGCAUGCGGACCUUGAUAUCAGUUCAUCAGAAUCGGAGACUACAGACCCCCUGAAAGAAAAGAAAUCUAAUUUUUCGAAUAAAGAAUUCAGUCAUCAGCCAUCUUUCUGUUUGGAGGAAACCCCUAGUACUGACAUUACAGAAAAUGUAGAUGUUCAAGAUACAAACAAUCAUCAUGGUUGUAGCACUGUUGCAAGAGUUGGAACAAAGAAAGAUCUUGUUAGUCAGUUUGGAGGAGUAAAUGACACGAUUAAACCGUCUACAAAAAUUGGAAAAAUCUUCGCCAUUGGAAAAAAAGCAUCGCCAUUUACGAAAAUCGACAUUCCGUCCGAAAGGCAUGAAGAACCAAGUUCUCAAUUGAUUUGUACAACGGCAGAAGGUGUUGAAAAGCCAGCUACCAAAAUAUUGCAACAGUAUACUGAACCGGGCGCUGGAGAAUCUAAUGCCAAGAAUGGGCGUUGCAGCAUCUCCGCAUUUGAUGUGGAUAUCGAUAUUAGUUCGUCUGAACCAGAAUUGGAUGAGUCGAAGCUCAUUGAAGACACAAAAUCUAAAUUGGCUAAUGCAGAAGAUAGCAUUCAAGUGCCCUUCUCAAUUGAUGAAAAAUCGAGCAGCACUGUUCCAGAAAAGGUAAUUAUUCGAAAGCCUGAAAUUCUGCUUGAUUGUGGCGCCGUUUCAAUCAUUGGGGUAGAUCAAGAACAUCGUACUGAAUUGCCUCUGACAGAAGAUAACUGUGAAAUCAGCAAAGUGAACGAGGAAGUUUUUGGAACUAUGAUAACUGAGAAAGCUGCUGUGGUCUUUGCUGAUGUAUCUUUAAGGGAAAAGACAGCAAAUGACGAGCUCGACAAUGAAGCCCAGGCAACGCCAAACGUGAUAAAUGAUAAAAAUUUGCAAGUCUUCCAUGCCAUUCCUGCGAAACAAAUAACCGUCUCCAGCAGCCCAAUGUUACCGGGUGAAACUUUAUCAAACAACCAUCUCUUAUUGUCAGAAGAAAAUCGUGAAGUUGUACCGCCACCCCAGCUAGAUAAAACCAAACCAACGGGUAUCCAUUCACCUUGUCGCGUUUCUGUAGCAGAUAUGAGAGAUGGUAGUCCUGCUAAAAAAGAUGCACAUCUUUCACUAGUCCAUUGCCAAGAUUCGGUUCAAGAACCACAUGUUUUUCCAAGGAGAAGCAGCGACGUAUCAGAAUCUGCCACAGUUACACAAAAUUCUCAAAUCCUAAAAGCUGUACGAACGUCAUCCUUCGAAGUUCCCUUGAUAACAGAUAUUCCAAUAAAAGCCCCCAACGUUUUUCCGACCAAUGCAACUGAAAAUAGCCCGCAGAGCAUAGGUUCCACACAAGCAGCUAAAAAACUUCCGUCUGAAGUACCGUCCGAGGAAACCAACGAGGAAUCAAGAAUCCUACCUUUUUGCAGUGGCGAUAACUUGGAAGAAUCUCCAAAUGCGAGAAUAAACUUCAUUACUGCAAACCAUAAAGGACAAAUUGAAGAACAGAUCAAUGGAUUGGCGGAAAACAACAAAGAUCCUGUACCUAUAGGUUGCCAAAGGAAUCCUGCAUCGGGAACCGACGAACCAGACACCAAUGUGCAGUACAGCAUUUUCGAGUUGCAUGAGGACCUUGAUAUCAGUUCCUCAAAAUCAGGUUCAGAGGCUACGAACCUCCCAGAAGAAAACAAAUCCAAUUUUUCGAAUAAAGAGUUCACCCGUCAGCGGCCUUUCCGUUUGGAAGAAACGCCGAGUACUGACAUUGCAGAAAGUGUAGAUAUUCAAGAUACAGACAAUCAUCAUAGUUGUAGCACUGUUGCAAUAGUUGAAGCAAAGAAAGAUCUUACCAAUCAAUUGGGAAGAGAGGAAGAAAUGACUGAACCGUUUGCAAAAACUGGAAAAAUCUUGGAAGAAUCUCCCGGUAUGAAAAUAGACAUUCCUUCCGAAAGGCAUGAAGAACCAAGUUCUCAAUUGAUUUGUACAACGACAGAAGGUGUUGACAAGCCCGUUACCAAAAUAUUGCAACAGUAUACUGAACCGGGCGCUGGUGAAUCUGAUGUCAACAAUGGGCGUUGCAGCAUUUCCGCAUUCGAUGUGGAUAUCGAUAAUAGUUCGUCUGAGUCAGAAUUGAAUGAGACGAAUCUCAUUGAAGACACGAAAUCUAAAUUGGCUAAUGCAGAAGAUAGCAUCCAAGUGCCCUUCUCAAUUGAUGAGAAACCAAGCACCACUGUUCCAGAAAAAGUAAUUAUUCGAAAGUCUAGAAUUCUGCUUGAUUGUGCCGCUAUUUCAAUCGCUGGGAUAGAUCAAGAACAUCGUACUGAAUUGCCUCUGACGGAAGAUAACUGUGAAAUCAGUAAAGUGAACGAGGAAGUUUUUGGAACUAUGAUAACUGAGAAAGCUGAUGUGGCUGAUGAAUCUUUAAGGAAAAAGACAAAAGAUAUAUUCGACAAUGAAGCCCAAGCAACGCCAGACGUGAUAAAUGAUAAAGAGUUGUCAGUCUCCCAUGCCAUUCCUGCUAUACAAGUAACUGUUUCAAGCAGCCAAUUGAGCAGCCGAAUGUUACCGGGUGAAGUUUUGUCAAGUAACCAUCCCUUACUGCCAGAAGAAAAUCUUGAAGCUGUACCGUCACUACAGCUUGAUAAAAUCAAACCAACGGGUAUCCAUUCGAACUGUCGCUUUCCCGUAGCAGUGGUGGGAGAUGGUAAUCCUACCGAAAAAGAUGCACAUCUUUCUCCGGUCCAUCGCCAAGAUUCUGUUCAAGAAUCACCUAUUUCUCCAAGGAUAAGCAGCAAGGUACCAGAAUAUGCCACGGUUCCUCAAAAUCCCCAAAUUCUAAAAGCUGUAAGAACGUCAGCCUUCAAAGUUCCCCGGAUACCAGAUACUCCAAUAAAAGCCCCUGACGUUUUUCCGACUCAUGUUACUGAAAAUAGCCCGAGCAGAGGUUCCACUCAAGCAGUCAAAAGGACGGCAGCUGAUGAUGAGGUUGCCGUUAUCUUGAAGCAAAUUCGAACCAAUGUUAUCGAUCUGCCCGCAACCGUUUCACCUUUACCCAGAUCACCAGAGCCGCAGCCCGCCGUGAAAAUUGAGGAACCUAAAUCUAGGUUCCCAAUUUUACCACGUUGCGCUUUCAACUGGACGCGCAAAAAACUGCCUCUCGGCGACCAAUUAACCGAACGAUUCGGUUCCUACCUCCAUCCGGGUAUAAAGGCACGCGUUCGUUUCAGGAGAGUCAGUCGUCGUUUACUGGAAAUCCGAUCUCCAGAUAUACUGAGCAAUUGCUUCCAGGGUGUGACAAAUUUUGCCGAAGCUGAAAGAAGACCUCAACCGAUUGUGAAACUUGUUCAGCUUGUCGGAAGCACUACUGAUCUCGUUGGAUACGAAGAUGACGCAACCGAACUAACUCAAAACUCCGUCGUGUCGGCCCAAGUUCCAAAUGCUUCGCCUGAGAAAAGGCUGUCUACUUCGUUUUCAACCAAAGAAGUUGAAAAAGUAACCCUUCCAAAAUCAAAUCCAACUACACCAGUUAGAAAGAAAAGAAAAGCACAGGAACUUGCAAGACGACAAAAACCAACGACACCGGCACUUUUUGGAUCUUCGUCCAGCGAAUCGGAGAGCGAGUCCGAGAGCGAAUCGGACGUCGUUCCCCAACCCAUUGAAGAACAAUUAGUAAAGAGUUCAACUGCAAGAAAUCAGAAUGAAACAGAACGAAGAAUAGUGCCGAGUAAGGAAAGCAAACAAACGCCAUCGGUUGUUGCCACUUCCCGAGCACAAGCGAUGGCACAACUUGUCGAACCCAUCGUCCCACUGGGUAGGGGAAACAGGCCCAGCUUUCUGCCCAUCAAACCAAAUGAAGGCCAGCGGGAAGGUGAUUCAAUGUUCAAUCAAAGUCGACUCUCGUUAGGUUUAGGGAGAGGAGCUAAAAUUUCUCAGCCUACAAUUGCGCCGUGCUCCGAUGCACUCUUGUCUGCAACGAUCAAGUCCAAAGCUGUGACUAGGGUAGUUGCCCCGUCAAAGCACAUUUUCAAAGAACCUAAUGCUCCCAGCGAGUGUGUACUAACGAACACUAUACUUACAGACAACUCUCCAGCUCAAGAGAUAACUCCGACCAGAAAAAGAGUCUCUCACGCCUCCAAAAGAGGGAUGGAAUCCGAUCCUGUCAUCGCUACAAUUUCGCCAUCUUCCAAACGAGGACGAAUUCAACACGAAGGACUACCAACAGUUUCAUCGCAAACUACUCAAUCGACUGCUACUGAAACGCCGUUUGAAGAAGUUUCUGUUGAAGCAAGAACAAGGCAAAAGAUCAAAAGUACCUUAACAAUUAAGCCGCAAGAAAUGGUGAAAUUGAGUUUUGAAACUCGAAUGCCGUCGGGCAAUGAGGAGUUGCAACCCAAAAUAAUACAACCAAAAGAUUUUAGGCUAAUUGAAGAAACAGUAAUAAAGGGGGCUACUAGUAAAAUUGACACUCUCUCAGAAAACGGGGUACCGAUGGAAGUAAAUACGGGAGGAACGAGUCAGCUCUUUUGCCCAGAAAGAGAGAUGACAGUUACAACUCCAAGUAUUGCGGAAAAAAGUAUGUUAACUGAUAGCGCGAAAAACAGUCAUCAAUUAUUUGAGAACUCUGGAGUGAUGGUCGUAGACGGAAGACCCCUGUCGCCUGACGCAGAAGAAAGUCCUCGAUCACCUGACGCUGUGGGAAGUCCUCGACCAACUGAAGUAGAAGAAAGGCCCCGGUUGCCCGACACCGAAGAAAGCCCUCAGUCGCCUAAUGUAGAAGAAAGUCCCCACUCGCCUGAUGUCGAAGAAAGUCCCCACUCGCCUGAUGUAGAAGAAAGCCCCCACUCGCCUGAUGUAGAAGAAAGCCCCCACUCGCCUAGUAUAGAAGUAAACAAGAAGACGGGCAAUGUUGAAAAUAGUUCCGAAUCUCUAGAAGAGCAGCCAUUGCAGUCGUUCGACAAAAAUAGAAGUUUGGGAUCGACUGUGGAAAUUCCUUUGGCUAGUUCUGCUGAGCUCGAAGAACAUCAAUCAACUGCUUUUGAACUUGUUUUCAAAGAAUUGCUCCAAGAAAAUCCCGCUGUCAAUCAAAAAGCCGGCAAAUUGAAAAAAGAUAUCAAUCUGUGUGUCAACAGAGUUUUUAAGAAUCCUAAUGUCACUGAAGAAUCGUGGAAUAGCCUAAUUGAAAGGGCCAUGCGGUCCGAUUCGAAAAGCCAUCCUUUCAUUUUGAUUCGGAAACUCGUAGCGACGGUUAUAAAAGACUGGGAUAGUCCAAUCGAUUUGUCCAAAACACCGCCUGCUCCGCCGAUGGCAGCUGUACAUCAGCGAUGUGUCAUGAUACUUAAAGAAUUGGAUGAAGCGAAUUCAAAGUUGACUGUAGAACCAAGUGAAAACCUCCACAUGUAUAGUAACUUAUUUCUUAGCGAGUGCAGUGCCGUUAUGUUCCAGCAAGAUUCUAGUCUGACGUUGGAAGAAAUGUGUUCUCUAGCACGCGCGUAUACGGCUAUCUGUCGAUCUCGAAGCGCUUUAACUAGAGCUAGAACAUUUUUAUUUGAUUGCGUUUAUUUCCUGCCACCGCGCUCGUAUGCUUUGACGUACACCGUCUUGUCCGUCUGGGCAGAUGUUCUUCGCCAUAUCUCAUUUCCGUUGGGUCCUUCUUGUAUUGAUCAAACGAUUGCUUACCUUCUCUUACACAACUGUAAAGUAAAAGCCGUUCCUGGAAUUGCCGGUAAGGUGUUGCAAGCGCGUUCGUUCUUGCAAAACACUUACGGUUACAAAAACGUGACUUCUAGGACAGUUGAUGAUUUGACAAGCUACCUCAUGACCCGCUUCAAAGAAACCAACUCUGCAGACGAAGCGUCGAAUUUAAGUUGGAGUUUUGCAUUACUUACCCGGUGGGAGGGAAUUGAUUUUGCUAUUCAAGUAAUCGAAAAGCAACUGUGGCCUUUUCUUCAACGCUGGAGUUCUGGGGAGGGCACGAAUUCAGGUGCCGCCGCAGUAAUCAUUGCCAUAGGAAUGCUAGGAAAAACGGUACCUUCUAGCAAACGAGCCGGAGUGCAAAGGAUUCUCGAUGCAAUGAAAAUUCUACUUCAAUCAGAUGAUGUCAUUCCUGCUAUUCACGAGGCCGCCAUUGAAGCUGUUGUUCUCCUUGGCGAGGAAGAGGAUCCUAAGUCGGUGAUCGAAGUCAUAAAAGCAUGGAAACUUGUGAACACCAAUUUAAGUCAACAUUCGCGACAGUUGCUUAAGGCCUUUUUGAAACGCCAUUCAAAUCUCUGUGUUACCUAGUCAGUUGAAGGAUAAGUGAGUAACUUGAAAGCAGAGUUAGGAGCAACCAAACCAAUUCAUCGGCUAUACAACAAUUCCUGUCCGUCACUCAACAUUGGAGAUAAUGUGUUUGGCUCAUGAUUUAACUUUGCCAUCCCAUAUACUGAAUGCUCCCGUGUAAUUGUUGAUGCUCAUUUAACAGAAGCGUAUCUAGUUAAGUUAUCAAUCGAACCAGUUCUGCUAAAUGCGUAAUCCGUUUUUUAAACACACCCAAUAUUUAAGUUGAGGCUAUCGCUGUCGCGUACUGGCGUGCUAGUUGCAAGCUAAACUACAACGAAUGAAUUACUGAAAAAAUAACAACUUUACCGGAAUCAACAUUCAAUUUUGACUGUAGUCUGUAAUUUUCAACCAAUUUCAAUGAGUUUCAGUUUUUGCAGUUACAAAUUUUAAGCCCGAGUUUAUAGUUUUUGAGUAUUCUAAAAUAUCAAAUUAGGUGCGAAUCGAAACGAUUACUAGCGCGCCAGUACGCUACAGCGCUAGUGUGACACAUCAAACUUCUUUGAUUAUUCAAAAACUAUAAACUCUACGUAAAAAAAAUUUCUUUAUCGUGUUUCUUGUUAAAUUUUGAAUCAGAAUCGUAUAUAGCUAUCUAGAUUCAAUGAUAUUAAUUUUAAAAGGACAAAAUUUCAAGCCCCACAAAAUAAGCCCGACUUUUAGUUUUUUACGGUUAAUUCAAAAUCGAUAAGCCCAGUUUAAAAAUAUACCCGAUUUUCGUGAUCAGCGA